UUGGCACAGCACCCAGUCUUGGCUAGGACGUGCCCGAGACAGGACCUUUACCCCAGUGCAUUCCCUCGCCCACCUCCAGCCUUCUUCCCCAGUGCUCCUUAACUCCUCCAGUGGGUGAAAGCAAGGCGUCUUCCCAGCACAGGCCGGCAUGGGUGUGUCGCUUCGCUUGAUGGCGGUGGUGGUGGUGGUGGUGGCCGUCACCCUCCUACCUCUCGCAUCCUCAGAACUCAUCGAGCUCUCUUACACCUUCAACGACGACGCCCCGACCUCCCCCAAGCUGCGGCAGUUCAAGCAUGAGUUGGUGCGGACGGGGAGCAACAAGAUCAAUUUGUGGGUCGAACUGUACGACAUCUGCACCUCGGAGCACGCCGGCACGCACAUCGACGCCCCUCGACACAACAACGAGCAUGGGUGGACUCUGGAGGCUAUUCCCAUCAGCAGGCUGUGGAGGAUACCAGCCGUGGUGGUGGACGUCUCCGAAACCAUCAAGGAGAAGCGACUCAAGAACUACGAGGUGAACCAGAAGGAUUUGAUGGACUGGGAGGCCAAGAACGGAAUCAUCCCCGACGGCGCGCUGGUCUUUAUCCACACUGGUUGGGGGAAGAUGGUCAAGAACAUAUGGAGCUACGCCGGCCUUGACCAGAACAACAAACUCAACUUCCCUGGUAUCGGCAAGGGUGGCGCGGAGUGGCUGGCGAAUCACGGAAAGAACAACAGCCACAACACGGGCAUUGUGGGCGUGGGGAUCGACACCCUCUCGUUGGACAAGGGACAGUCUGUACGCAUGCCAGCCCACGUCGCGCUCUUCGCCGGCAACAUCUACGGCCUGGAGAACGUGGCCAAUCUAGACAAGCUGCCGCCUGUCGGGUCCUACGUAACGGUGAUGCCCAUCAGGGUUAAGGGAGGCACCGGUGCUCCAGCCCGCAUCAUUGCCGAGGUUGGGGAAGAUCACUCGGCCCUCGCCUCGACCCUCCGGCCCUUACUCACCUGCCUGCUGCUGCCUCUCAUCCUCGCCCUUCGCUUUCUCUGAGACACAUAGGCUGUCGAAGAGAAGGUAGUCCCAACACACACCUGUACGAGGGAUACUGUAAGGAGGUGGCGUGCCUGGUGGUCACGUCUGAAGUGCUGCACACGGCAAUGCGAUAAGAGAGAGACAGACAGAGAAAAAUAUUGGACACAGAUUCGCACAUCAUAUGAAGCAGUGACUAUUCAAAAGUAGCAGUCAGUUUUCUAUAAUCACAACCAAAGAGACUUAAAUGUACGAGUCAGAGGGUAGCAAGAGAAUGUCCCUGGACGCACCUCCCCAACCCAACCAGCAAAUCAUAUGUACAAAAAAAUUUAAAAAAAGAAAAGAAAGCUUUGAGUUCAUAAGAACUACUGGAGUAUUCCCCCUGAGCUUUCCUCCUCAUAAUGCAGGCAGGAGCUCAGAUUCCCCAUCUAGCAUCGUGACAACGGUAAACCUUUACUGUUUAUCUCCCAUAGUGUCAUUUGAUAUCACUAGCUUGUCUGUUCUUUUCUUCAAAUGUGAGUGAAUGACAGUAGAUCCAUCGAC